AUGCACCAUAGCAUUGAUCUCUGUGAGCCCAUCACUCAAUCUACCUCUGUCUCCGACGGGCUCGAACCAGGCGGCAAGCGCAUCAGAUUCACACCGGACACACUCUCUGAGAAAUCGCAGGGAACAGUCACAGUUUGCACUGGCUGCGGCACGUCAUUGGACGAGACCAGCAAACAUUGCGGCCGAUGCCUCUGGGCACGUUACUGUUCCAGAUACUGCCAGGUUGCAGACUGGAAGCGCCACAAGCUGACAUGUGGAAACCCCAACCCCGAGAAUACCUACCAAGAGCCCACCGAUAACCGCGCAAGCGUUACCGAACACGCCAAAAUACUCGCAGCAGUUGCACGACGGGCUGCGGGCCAGGGCAAGGUCGAACCUGCCCUCCAAACACAUGUGCCAAAGCCCCUCACUCAACUGAAGGCCCUAAAGUGGCUAUUCAAUCGCAGUGAGAGCGAUAUCUGCAAGCUAAUCGUCGAUGCCUUGCGGCUCCGCUUCUGGGAUGAUGACGAUCUCAAUGACAUGUUCGUCUUGCGGCUGAUGCAAACCGGCAUCGAGUCCAUAGUCAAGAGAGACUUCUUCGAGCUCUCUACGAAGCUUGCACGGAAGGCUCGUCUUCUUCCCAAGUGGUGGGCGCAAAGCAAUACCGACAACCUCAUCCGCUUCGGCAUCGCUGAUGAGCCUUGGGAGAGGGAGGGGGGGGGGGGGUGGAACGUCCUCAUAAGAUGUUGGACCUCCUGGACCGCUAUGGUGAUCCUCUGA